GCGCAGUGGUUCGCAGCCUCAACAACUCUCUCUCUACAUCUCCCUCAGUCUCUCUACCUUUUGUACUCUACACGUCCACCCUACUUUCAGAUCAUCCUUUUACACUCUGCCUCAACACUACUUAGUUCUCUGGUGACAACCCCAACCAACAUGAUGGCAAGCUUCAUGAGCUACUUUGGUGGUCGAAGGGACCCGAAGCAGUCCUCUCGAGACGCAAUAGUUACUCUACGGCAACAGCUACAGAUGAUAGAGAAGAAGGAAGACUACCUUCAACGGAAAGUGGAUGAGGAGUUGAAGAAAGCCAAGGCGAAUGCGGUUACUAAUAAACCAGUUGCGACACAGGCGUUGAAGCGGAAGAAACUUCAUGAACAGGAGCUUGACCGAUUACAGAAUACGAGAUUCCAGCUGGAGAUACAAGUGAAUACCCUAGAGUCUGCCAGCUUCAAUGCGGAGACCAUGGCUGCUAUGAAGAAAGCUGCCGGUGCUCUCUCAGAUAUCCAUGGCACUCUGAACAUUGAGAGGGUCGAUGCUACUAUGGCGGAGAUCCAGGAACAUAUGCAAGUGGCGAAUGAAGUCUCAGAGGCAAUAUCAGCCCCGAUGAAUGGGGGCUUGGAACUUGAUGAUGCUGAACUGAAGGCAGAGCUCGACGAGCUUGAACAGGAAGAACUCAACGAGCGGCUUGUUGGUGCAGAGCACGUCCCAGUGCACCAUCCCGCAGGUCCAAGUCGAGUACCAGAGAGUGAGUUUCCUGUCCACUAUGACCGUUACCUAUACGCUAAUGAUUCCCUUAUCGCAGCUCGACGUCCGGUGGCAGUGGAAGACGACGAGGAAGCGCAGCUCAAGGAGUUACAAGCUGCACUCGCGAUGUGAUCUCGCAUGAUUCCCCAUUCCUCUUUCGGGACCUUCUACAUACCUUGUUUCCCCGCUUUUGCCGUAUAUUCUAUGCAUCUCCUUUUCCUUUCCUCUUGACCAUCAUACACAUACAGCUCCUCUCGCCUCCCCCACGCUCGCAAUUUCUACUUAUCUGCUGCCUUAAAUUACUUUGUCUAGGUCCUCCGAUUGUUUCCUCUGUCUUUUUGUGUGCCAUUAUCAUGAUUAUGAAUGUAAUACUCGACGAACUUCCCCUCUACAAAGGAACCUUCAUAUGACCCGUGGGGACAUGCCCUCGUGUUUUACUUCGAGAUCAUUGUAUCUCUACGUCGUAUGGGUAGGGACAGAGCAGACACGUCCGAAAGGGUCGGGAAGAGAAAACGCGACUUCUUUGGCAAGUUAUCUGGGUAUACUAGGGUGGUUUCGACGACAUUUGUUGCGGAGGAGUGGUAGUACAUAUUGACACAGUGCUAAAUAUUAGUGGAAGCGGUUGAUGCAAGAAGGAUCUGGGAUCUGGGAUAUGGAUGGUACGGAAUGUAUGUAACUAGCUCAACUAAGAUGCAGGAUGAUUGAAUGGGUGGGGCGUGGGGAGAUAAUAAGUAAUGCGCA